AUGACUACCGAAUACACAGUUUCUGCAGCAAAUAACAAACAUGGAACAGCAAAGAAAUGGCUGCAGCGACAUUUGCGGAAAGUAGCAUCGCGCCAGGCCUUGAGGGGUGGAGGAGAAGACGAAGGUAUACAGCGGAAAGCGUCCCUUAAACGGCCACGUACAGCACCCUCUACUGGAGCAGCACCUAUCAUCAAUGAUACACCAUAUGAGUCUUUGGAAUCGGUCGAGAUUGAGCGAGUCUCGCCCCGUCCACCCGUCCUACCCCCGCCCCGUCCAGCAAGACCAGAUUCUAGCGUCAUACGCGAUGUGAAUGCAUGGUUGGAUGCCAGUAUGAAUACGCCUUCGCCUCCAAUAAUGGGUGGCAUUUCAUACUGGCGAGCAGCGACCAAGCCUGGUGUCAAGGACUCGGCGGUCGCUCAGCAUGCUAUUCCACUCAUCAGGGCUUCUGGGAUGGAGAGGCCGUCGACAGCCUCCAGUCAACAUGCAAAGUCACUUCGUCGUUGCGCCAAGAAAGUGCACGAUCAAAUGCCUUCACUGUUGCGCACCAAGUCACAGCGUCCUGUCGACCGGAAGCCAGGCAACAGACAAUCGGCGUCGAUGCCACUCCUCGGUAUCUCACAUGAGAACAUACGAGCAGACACGACCUCAUUCGUCAUAACACGAUCCAGUUCCCUCGUACGACCUGAAAUACGGCCAUCAACACGACAGACGUCAACGUACUUGUCGGUCAAUUCGCAAUCGUGCGAACAUGCGCCUUCUCGCCAGGGUACACCAGGGGGCACAAGGGUUGGCGAUGCGGAUAGCAUCCUCGAGCGACGUCUAAAUGCCAUGUUCCUACGCACAGCUCGCAGCGCAGAAAGUACACGACCAUCGACGGCAGCCGCAGGCCUCACUCGCGAGGACUCGAUGGGUGAUCUUUCUGAUGCGCCAACAUACUUUUCCGGACCGCCGCCGCCAUCAUACCGAUCGCGUCCCGAGUCUCUUCUUACCACUUCUUCAUUUGGUUGCAUAGACGGCAUGAAUCCUGCACAGCGACAGAUGAGUCAGCAGCGGGCGGCACUACAACGGGGAAUGAAAUGUAAGCUGAAGAGGUUUGCCCAGACUUUCACGAUAUGA